UUGUCGAGAAAAGAAAUCGAAGGAGAAAAUAAAAAAAGGAAAAGAUGAUCUCACUACUAGGAAUUUUGAAGUCUCUCUUACAUGCACAAAUGCUUCGUUUGAUCCAUAAAGAUUUUCAUAAAGUUGUUGCCGAGAUGACCAUCAUUGACAGCAUUCUUUUCCUUAUUGUGCACUCCAUUGAUAAAAUGGGGACCAUAUGGCCAAACUUCCCUGUGUUAUUAGGUCUCUUUUAUCUGGGUAUACGCCGGCACCUUCACCAAGAGUACAACCUAUUCAAUGUAGGCAGCUCUCCGGUGGGGGUUCGGUCUAAUCCAGCGGACUGUCCUUACAGGACAGACGAUGGAACAUACAAUGAUCCCUUCAAUGAAGGUACUGGCAGCAAUGGAAGCUUUUUUGGCAGGAACAUUCUCCCUGUUGAUCAGAGAGAUCAGAUCAUGAAUCCGGAUCCAGCAGUGGUUGUCAGUAAACUUCUAGCGAGGAAAAAGUUUACAGACACAGGAAAGCAAUUCAACAUGAUAGCAGUUUCUUGGAUUCAGUUUAUGAUCCAUGAUUGGGUUGAUCACUUGGAGGACACUAACCAGAUUGAAUUGACUGCCCCUGUAGAAGUUCAAAAUGGAUGCCCCCUUAAAUUUUUCAAGUUCUACAAGACAAAGGAAGUCCGUACUGGUUUCCAUGAUAUCACGACUGGUGCAAUAAACAUUCGGACACCUUGGUGGGAUGGAAGUGUCAUAUAUGGAAGCAACAAAGAAAAGUUAGAAAGGGUGCGAACCUUCAAAGAUGGGAAGCUUUUUGUAUCAGAAGACGGACUCCUUCUUCAUGACGAAGAUGGCAUUGCCAUAUCGGGAGAUGUUCGCAAUAGCUGGAUUGGUGUCUCCGUUUUGCAGGCGCUCUUUAUUAAGGAACACAAUGCAGUCUGCGAUGCUCUCAAGAAGGAAUAUCCGUAUAUGAAAGACGAAGAGCUGUACAGAUAUGGAAGACUGGUUACAUCUGCUGUCAUUGCAAAGAUUCAUACAAUUGAUUGGACAGUGGAGCUUUUGAAAACUGACAUAUUAUUGGCUGGAAUGCGUGCCAAUUGGUAUGGAUUGCUAGGAAAGAAAUUCAAGGACGCAUUUGGACAUAUUGGAGAACCCAUCUUGGGAGGUCUAGUGGGUCUUAGGAAACCUCAGAAUCAUGGUAUCCCAUAUUCGUUGACUGAAGAGUUUGUAAGUGUUUACAGAAUGCACGCACUUCUUCCUGAUAAUCUUGCCAUCAGGGACGUCUCUGCCGAACCGGGUUCCAACAAGUCUCCACCAUUGCUGGAAGAGAUUCCUAUGCAAGACCUGAUAGGCCUAAAAGGAGAAAAGGAACUAGCAAAAAUUGGAUUUAUAAAGCAACUGGUCUCUAUGGGUCACCAAGCAUCUGGAGCUUUGGAGCUCUGGAACUAUCCUAACUGGCUUAGGGAUCUUGUAACUCAUGAUAAAGACGGCCAUGAAAGACCUGAUCAUGUGGACUUAGCAGUUCUUGAAGUUUAUAGGGACAGGGAGAGGAAAGUUGCAAGGUACAAUCAGUUCCGCAGAAGCCUAUUGAUGAUACCUAUAUCCAAAUGGGAGGAUCUGACAGAUGACCAAGAAGCUAUCCAAGCACUGAAAGAAGUGUAUGGUGAUAAUGUGGAAGCACUUGAUCUUCUUGUAGGCCUCAUGGCUGAGAAAAAGAUAAAAGGGUUCGCCAUUAGUGAGACUUCAUUUUUUAUUUUCCUUAUCAUGGCAUCCAGAAGGUUGGAAGCUGAUAGGUUCUUCACAAGCAAUUUCAAUGAAGAAACAUACACAAAAAAGGGACUUAAAUGGGUGAACACUACAGAAAAUUUAAAAGAUGUAAUUGACCGUCACUAUCCAGAAAUGACAAAGAAAUGGAUGAACUCGACAAGUGCAUUUUCUGUUUGGGACUCGCCUCCUAAAGCGCCCACUCCUGUCCCUCUCUAUCUCCGUAUGCCUUAGUGAAGCUUAUGUCUUCAUAUGAUUUUAUGUCUUAUUUACUACUAAGUUAAAAAUGCCGUUGAAGGAAGAAAAGCGGCUGAAUUUACUUAAAUAAAGCUUAAGCUUCCUCGACGUCUGGCUAUCUGAAUAAAAGAAAUUAUCUGUCUACAGUGUCGUGGUGUAUGUAAAAUCACUCAUAUGGGAGUGGAUUCUAUGUGUAUGAUAGGACUAAUGCUUGUGCAAUAGUGCACGAGCAUCUGCUGAAAGUAUUGUCCGUAAAUAAAAGGAAAUGCUAUCUGUUGUGUAGCCUUUUUAAUAUUAAGCUCGGAGCACAAAGAAGCAUUUUAUCACUA